AUUGUUCCCGUGUCGCGCGUUUCUAACCUUCUUGUUAUUUUCACAAACAAAGUGCCAGCACCGCUGACCCUGGAUCCUGGCACAGCGCAGGCCAGGCUCCUGCUGUCCGAGGACCUGACCGCGGUCCACGCCGGCGAUGAGAGGAAAAACCUCCCGAACAACAAGGAGAGGUUCGAGCCCUGCACCUGCGUGCUGAGCAGCCAGGGCUUCAGCUCCGGCCGGCACUACUGGGAGGUGGAGGUGGCUAACAAGACCGACUGGGACUUGGGCUUGGCCCGGGAGAAUGCCCAAAGGAAGGGCCAGAUCACGUUGAUGCCCUCGGUUGGCUAUUGGACCAUAUGUCAGAGGCAAGAGCACAUCUACGGGGCCCUGACUGCUCCCUCUACCCUCCUCAAACUGGGCGCCAAGCCCAAGAAGAUAGGGGUCUACCUGGAUUACGAGGGAGGGCAAAUCUCCUUUUAUGAUGCCGACAGCAUGAGCCACCUCUACACUUUCACCGACACCUUCAACGGCAAACUCUUCCCCUUCUUCAACCCCUGGUUAAACAGCAGGAACUCCGAGCCCCUCAAACUGUGCCACGUGAAACUGUAACGGGUUCAGGGGAAGGGGGAAUGGGGCACACCUCGUCAGAGCUCUAACGUUGGUUGGGGAAACGUGAUGCACAAAUCUCCUGGGAAAUCCAGCAGGUCAAGGCCUCAGCCAGUUAGGAGUCUCCGGAAUUUGCCAGUCGAUCCACUGCCUCCUGGUGUCUGCCUCAGCCUCUCCACUAUUUGUCAGCACUUGCUAGUUAUCCACAUUAACCCCCCCAUCCCCUCACCCUGACAAGCAGUUUAAACUGGUGCCCAUCUCAUGGAUUCAUCUUUCUUAAUGCCAUGCCAAUCUGCAGACUGAGUCACCCUGGAGUUUUUUAAAGUUGAAGCCUUGUCAUUUGAAAAUGUAUUCUGCAUCUUCUUUCCCUUAUUCUCAGUCCAGUACAUCUUUCCCUCUGUUUCUCUUUCUGUACCCGAUAUUGAUCCUAAAUGAUACUGCGUUCUUCACCACACAUUCCUCCAUUGUCUUCUCCAUCUUUAACUCUCAGGAUGGUCAGUCCUGCUGUUCCCUGUGCUCCCACUUCCUCACCUGAGGUGAUGUCAUCAACGCACAUGUCCAGCAAGGUAGGACAUGCAAGGAUUUUGACGACAUGCAGGACAAAGCAGCCUGCUUGGUUGGCACCCCAUUGAGAAACAUUUCCUCCCUCCCGCAAUCAAUGUUCAGUCGCAGCAGUGUGUACCAUCCAGAAGCUGCACUGCAGAAGUUCACCAAGGCUCCUUGGACAGCUCCUUCUAACCUCACGACCACUGCUGUGUCGCAGGAGAAGGGCAGCAGAUACCUGAAAACCUGCAAGUGCCCCUCCCACCUUCCUGACUUGGAAAUACAUCGCUGUGCCUUUACUGUCAGUGGGUCAGAAUCCUGGAACUGGCUCCCGCAUGGUAGCGUGGGUGUAAC